AUGGCUGACGCUCCUCGUGGACGCGGCGGCUUCGGCGACCGAGGUCGUGGAGACAGAGGACGAGGUGACCGUGGUCGAGGACGACGAGGACCCCGCCGUGGUGGCCCAAAAUCAGACGAGAAGGAAUGGCAACCCGUCACCAAGCUCGGCCGUCUCGUCAAGGCGGGAAAAAUCCAGAGCAUGGAACAGAUCUACCUCCACUCUCUGCCCAUCAAGGAAUACCAGAUCGUCGAUUGGUUCUUGCCCAAGCUCAAGGACGAAGUCAUGAAGAUCAAACCCGUCCAGAAGCAGACUCGAGCCGGUCAACGCACCCGUUUCAAGGCUAUCGUGGUCAUCGGCGACAGCGAAGGACAUGUCGGGCUCGGCAUCAAGACCUCCAAGGAAGUCGCGACCGCCAUCCGUGCCGCUAUCAUCAUUGCCAAACUCUCCGUUCUUCCCAUCCGACGAGGCUACUGGGGUACCAACCUUGGUGAGCCACAUUCGCUCCCCACCAAGGAGUCUGGCAAGUGCGGUUCAGUCACAGUCCGACUGAUUCCUGCGCCUCGAGGCACUGGUCUCGUCGCUUCCCCUGCCGUCAAGAGAUUGUUGCAAUUGGCUGGUGUGCAGGAUGCGUACACUUCAUCUGCUGGAAGUACGAAAACGUUGGAGAACACACUGAAGGCGACUUUCGUGGCGGUCAGCAAUUCAUACGGCUUCUUGACCCCCAAUCUGUGGAAGGAGACGAAGCUCAUCAGAAGUCCCCUCGAGGAGUACGGUGACGUCCUGCGGGAGGGUAAGAGAUACUAA